UGCCUUCACUUUCGUUUCCGGCGUGAAAUUUUACAUCAUGGACAAUUCUGGAAAUAACCGCUACGAGCUGUUGUUCAUGGACGACGAUGACUCCUCCGGGCUCGCACAGCCACAGAUUGCCGCCGUAGUCGCGGCGCCCAAGAAGCCGGAACCGGCAAAGGCGGCAAAGGCGCCAAAGAGCAAGUCCGAGAAGGAGAACAAGCCGGUUGUGGCGGCUCGCAAGGCCAACGCUCCGGUGGCGAAGAACACGAGUCCGGUGAAAGGCGGCAAGGGUCCCGCUGGCGGGGAUGUGGGUCGCCCCAGGAACCCAACCGCAAACGGUGCCAACAACCAGGGCAGGUUCAACAACAACAACAACCAACGCUACGGAAACAAGGAGUCGAACGGGGAAUUCGGAAACGAGUUGCCGCAGCGUCAGUUCAACAAUCGAGACAACAGGGGACCACCACGCGUCCGUACCGGCGAGAAGUUCGGAAAACGCGAGUUCGAUCGCCAGUCUGGAUCCGAUAAAACUGGCGUCAAGUCAAUUGACAAGCGCGAAGGCGCUGGUGCCCACAACUGGGGUUCCCCGAAGCAGGACAUUGAGGACUUAAAGACGACCGGGGAGACCUCACCGCAGGCGGAAAAGGAGGACUCGGCCAACGAACAGUCGGCUGAUCCCGCGAUCGCCGCCGAGGAGGAUGAGUCCAAGCAGAUGACCCUUGACGAGUGGAAGGCUCUAAGAGACCAGCGUGCCAAGCCUAACUACAAUUUGCGCAAAGCGGGCGAAGGAGCCGCCGACAAUGCUGAGUGGAAGAAGAUGAUCGUGCUGAGCAAGAAGAAGGAGAGCAACAGCGAGGACGAGUUGGAGUAUGAUCCAUCGCUGUAUCCUCAGCGCGUGGGCCGCCUUCAGCGCAUCGUGGACAUCCAGUUCAACUUCAAUGAUGGCCGCAAGGCCGGAUUCCGCAAGGGACCGCGCCCCGGAGCCGGUCCUCGCGGAGAGGGAUUCCGCGGCGAGGGUGGCUUCCGCAAUGACGGACCUCGCGGAGAAGGUGGCUAUCGCAACGACGGACCUCGCGGAGAAGGUGGCUAUCGCAACGACGGACCUCGCGGAGAAGGUGAGGGACCGCGUGGAGAAGGGUACCGCAAUGACGGACCGCGUGGAGAGGGAUUCCGUGGUCCCCGCUUUAACAACGGACCCAGCAACGGCUAUGAAAACAGACAGGACAACAACAGAUUCGGAGAGAAACGCCGCUCCGCCCAGAAGCCACUGAAGGUUGACGAUGAAGCUCAAUUCCCCACUCUGUGCUAGGAGUUGAGAACAACAAUAAGAUUUAAUAAUUUCACGUAUUAAAUAAUUAGUAAGCUGGUCUUUCGGUUAACAAAUAACCAUUAGAUUUUCGGGCGCAAUCUAUGAAGCUUGACGACCGAUUAAUAAACAGAAACAAAUCAGCCACGCUUAUCCAUAUUCCUUAGUUGUAAACAAAAAUUUUUGCAUUUUUCACUCUCAUCAUUUACGCAUAAAAAAUAACUAUUACAAAUAGUUGGAAUGUUGAAAUAAAUUUACAUCAAUUACAAA